AUCCGAGUCAUGGCGGAGGAUGCGGUGCUCUCUGUGCUCGGGGUGGCAAGCCGUGACCAGGACGUGGUGGAGGCCCAGGUCCAGGCAGAGCUGGAGGAUAGAGCCCGUGCUGCCGAUGCAAAGCUUCUCGCUCAGCGCAUAGCCAAUCUCGAUGCUCAGAUCGAUAAGGUCAAACGGGCUCUGUCGUCGCGGAGACUGCCUCCCAAGCCGCUGCCAUGGGAUCCAGCUCCGGUGAGAGCCAAGUACGCUGCUGCGCUUAAGACCCGAAACACGCUCAAGGCUCGCAUCAAGAAGCUCCUCACACAGAAGCGCAUCCUCAACGAGCAGUUUGCCGAGGAUCACCCCAAGCCCGAGCCUGUUCCGUCGUCAGCUCGUCAGCCGCCGCCCGCAGAGCCAUCAUCUCUGGCCACAUCCUCGCCGAGCAAGUCAAACAAGCGUGCACUGCUUGAUCGCAUCCGCGCCGAGCACGCCGCAGAGGUGGCGGCCGAGCAGGCCCGCCAGAUGCGGGUUGCCAACGCUCUGCCGCCCGCCGACCCCAGUCUUCGGCCCAGCGCGCUGUCACGGAAGCGAAGCGUCUCGGUCCAGCCGGCGCGUACGCCGCCGAAAGCUUCGCCAACUACGGCUGGGCCGAGCUUCUCCCGCAAUGCGGGCGUCAUCUCGCGCAAACGCCGCCGCUCCGCCACUACCGGCACUGACACCGACGAUGGCAGGGUUGAGGCCUUUCGCGCUCGCCUCCUCACCUCGACUGGCCCCUCUGCCGAUGACGAGGCCAACGCCGCGGUGGUGCUGGAUGGCGGCCUCCGCGUGCCGUCGUCGAUCUUUGACCGGCUCUUUGAGUACCAGAAGACUGGCCUCAAGUGGCUGUGGGAGCUCCACCAGCAGAACGUCGGCGGCAUCAUCGGCGACGAAAUGGGACUGGGCAAAACGAUCCAAGCCAUUUCCCUCCUUGCCUCACUCUCAUUUUCGGGCCUCCUCCGGACCGCUGUCAUCGUGUGUCCAGCCACAGUCAUGCGCCAGUGGGUCCGAGAGUUCCACGCCUGGUAUCCGCCGCUUCGGGUGGCGCUCCUUCACGGCUCGGGCUCGGGCUCUGAUGACCCCGAGGGCCUGGUUGCAUCGACGCUGGCUUCUGGCGGCGUCAUCAUCACCACCUAUGAGGGCAUCCGCGUCUACCAGGAGCUCCUGCUCCCGGCGCCGUGGGACUACGUGCUCCUUGACGAGGGCCACAAGAUCAAGAAUCCUGACGCGCAGAUCACGCUCGCCGUCAAGCAAUUCCGCUCGCCACACCGAGUCAUCCUCUCGGGCUCGCCCAUCCAGAACAAUCUCGUCGAGCUCUGGUCGCUCUUCGACUUUGUCUUUCCCGGCAAGCUCGGCACACUCCCGGUCUUUGACACCCAGUUUGCCGUCCCCAUCCGCAUCGGCGGCUAUGCCAACGCCACGUUUGUCCAGGUCCAGACCGGCUACAAGUGCGCCAAGGUCCUCCGCGAUCUCAUCGCGCCGUACCUGCUCCGCCGCAUGAAGGCCGACGUCGCCAAGCAGCUCCCGCCCAAGACGGAGCAGGUGCUCUUCUGCAAGCUCACCCUCCCACAGUACGAGGAGUAUGUCUCGUUCCUGCGCUCGCGCGACUAUCGCGCCAUCUCGUCCGGCAAGAUGACCAUGUUUCACGGCCUUGCUAUUCUCCGCAAGAUCUGCAACCACCCCGAUCUGAUGCUUGACGACGCUGCGCCGCCGCCGCCCGACUUUGGCUCAAUCGAGCGCUCCGGCAAGCUCAAGGUCCUUGUCGAGUUGCUGCGCCUCUGGCAGCCGCAAGGCCACCGCCCGCUGGUCUUCACGCAGUCGAUUGCAAUGCUCAACAUGCUUCAAGCCCGCCUCAACGCGGAGGGCAUGCCGCAUCUCCGCAUGGACGGCUCGACACCGAUCUCGACGCGCAUGGCGCUCAUCGACUCGUUCAACAACGACGACUCAAUCUUUGCUUUUCUCCUCACCACCAAGACUGGCGGCCUCGGUGUCAACCUCACCGGCGCAGACCGGGUCGUCAUCUAUGACCCAGACUGGAAUCCGACGACCGAUACUCAGGCUCGCGAGCGUGCCUGGCGCCUCGGACAGACAAAGCCAGUCAAGAUAUUCCGCCUCCUCACGGCAGGCACCAUCGAGGAGCGCAUCUACCAUCGCCAGCUCUCGAAGCACUUUCUCUCCAACAAGAUCCUCAAGGAUGCACGCCAGCGCCGGUUCUUCAAGGCCAACGAGCUCUCGGACCUCUUUGCCUUUCCGGCCCACCCGGACGCCGGCGUCGAGGGCACCGCCACUGGUGCCAUCUUUGGUGCCGUCACCGAGGAGACCACCGCUGCGCCGUCGGUUCUCGGCGUCGCGCCGAUGCCGGCGUACGACGACGAUGGCGCGGCGCAGGCCGGGUCUGACGGCGAGAGUGCGCCCACAGACAUGGCAGCCCGCGACGACGACUUUGUGCUCAGCCAGUUGUUUGGCUCGGCGGGCGUCCACUCGGCACUCAAGCACGACGAUCUUGUCGGGCAGGCCCAGCCCGAAUCCCUCAUUGUCGAGCACGAGGCCGCCCGCCCCAACAACGAGUCGAUCUUUGAUCCCGAGGCAGUCGCCACUGCCGAGAAAGAGGCGCACGCUUCUGGAAGCGACCCGCUCUCGGCAACUGCGCUGUUGGGUCGGCUCAAGGAGCGUCGGGUCGCCGUGGCAGCCUCGGGCAAUCUUGUCGGCAACGAUGGCCACGACGACGCUCACCUCACCGUCGAAGAGCGAAUGGACGACGACCGUGCCAUCGCCCGCGAGCUCGAAGCUCUUGAAGAGACCGCCACUGACCCCGCCGUGGCGCUCGGCUCGUCCGACGACGGCGGCGCCGAUCUACUUGCCAUCCGGGCCUUCCUCGUCUCGCCGCGCUGGCUCGGCGCGACCACCACCUCGGCGUUUAUGACCCACUUUGACCUCCAAAACAAGCCGCGCGAAGAAGUCAUCCGCAUGCGUGCCCUCCUUCGAUCCAUCGCCACUCUCGAUCGGUCCACUCACAAGUGGAACAUCAAGAACGAGUUCCUGUAGUGCAGCGACAGCGAGCGACUCUGUCGGCCAAAACAAUUCAAAAAUUCGCGCCACCGGGGCAAACACA